AUGUCUGUGAUUUUGUGUACUGCUGGCUAUGACCAUACGAUUCGGUUCUGGGAGGCUCUUUCCGGAAUAUGCUCUCGUACUAUCCAGCACCCUGACUCCCAAGUCAACCGCCUCUGCAUCUCACCUGACAAGCGCUUUCUUGCCGCUGCAGGCCACCACAGCGUCAAGCUUUACGAUAUCAAGUCCACCAAUCCGAACCCGAUCUUGACAUUUGAAGGCCAUACCAACAACAUCACCGGCGUUGCAUUCCACUGCGAGGGGAAAUGGAUGGUCACCAGCUCCGAGGAUGGAACCGUGAAGAUCUGGGAAACUCGCACCGGUACCGUCCAGCGCAGCUACAACCACAAUUCUCCAGUCAACGAUGUGGUUAUCCACCCAAACCAAGGCGAGAUCAUCAGCUGUGAUCAUGGCGGGAGUGUCAGAAUCUGGGACUUGGCCGAGAAUAGCUGCUCUCACCAGUUGAUUCCAGAGGAAGACGUAUCGGUCUCGAGCGUCACUGUUGCCAGCGAUGGCUCAACCCUUUGCGCGGGAAACAAUUCGGGCAAUAUUUUUGUCUGGCAUCUUGAGCAGUACCGCGAGAAGACAACUCUUGUCCCCAUCACUCACUUCAAGGCUCAUGGCCAGUACAUCACCAGAGUCCUGCUCUCUCCAGAUGUCAAGCACCUUGCUACCUGCUCCGCUGAUCACACGGCGAAGAUCUGGGAGGUUAAGGACCUCGACAAGAUGAUCCCUAUCCCUGGCAGCGAGCCGCCCAGCCCAGUUCCAUUCAAGCUGGAGAGCACGCUCACCGGCCACCAGCGCUGGGUUUGGGACUGUGCCUUCAGCGCCGACUCUGCCUACUUGGUUACCGCCUGCAGCGACCAUUACGCUCGCCUCUGGGAGCUUCAGACGGAGCAGAUUAUACGCCAGUACAAUGGACACCACCGUGGUGCGGUCUGCGUUGCUUUGAACGACUACAGUGAAGCUCGCUGA